AUGUUGAGCGGCGUGCUUGCUACUGAUUUCAAUAUCUUCACUUACGCCGCCCUCGCCAUGGGCCUGUUCGGUUUCGUCCAAUCCUCCAUCAACCGCCUCUUGUCCUCGAUCGAGCCUUACUUUAGCGCGACAAUCCACAUCGACAACGAUAACAAUGAGGCAUAUGACAUGCUCUCCGAUUGGCUUAGCAAACGUGGCUUCGAAAAGUCUGCCCGCGCGUCCCUCGUCAGCGUGAAAAAUAUCCGCAAGCCAGGAGAUAUAAUCAAAAUGGGGAAGAAAAUCCUCAAAUUUCAGCCCUGGGAAGGAAGCUUUAGUUUCUGGUACAGGGGCCACCUCAUCACGUACAGUAGCAGCAUUGACGUAGGCAGAUGCCAGAUCACGGAGUGCUUGGAAGAGGAAGUCAAACUGACUUCCCUGGGUUGGUCGACUGAUAUCCUUAAACAACUCAUGAACGAGUGUAUGCAGGAGUAUCUGGAAACAUUUAAGGACAAGAUUGCCAUUUUUGAGCAUCGCGGACACUAUUGGCGUAAGGUCGAUGAAAAAGACGUUCGGCCAUUAUCGACAGUCAUCCUCAACCAGAGUACGAAAGACCUUUUGCUAGAAGAUUUCAGGAGCUUUCUGAGCGAAGAUACACAACUCUGGUAUGUGCAGCGCGCCCUUCCGUAUCGUCGUGGCUACCUUUUAUAUGGCCCUCCCGGCACCGGCAAGUCCAGUUUGAGCUUCUCCAUAGCCGGCGAAUUCGAUCUAGACAUCUAUGUUGUCAGUAUUCCCGACUGCUCGGAUCGGGAUCUGAGGGAUUUGUUCGAAAAUUUGCCACGGACUUGUGUCGUCCUGCUUGAGGAUAUUGAUGCGGUUGGUAUGUCGAGAGAGUCGGACGCAGACGAGGGUUCAGACUCGAAUACAAAGGGACGGGUCCAAGUACACCGGAAAACUAGCGAAGCGACGCUUUCAGGGCUCUUGAACGUGCUUGACGGUGUUACUUCUCAAGAUGGGCGUAUCGUGAUCAUGACGACGAAUCAUCGGGAAAUGCUAGACGAGGCACUCAUUCGCCCUGGUCGCAUCGACAGGCAAGUCGUACUCCCUCUUGCCGACGCGGAGGUCAUCAGCCAGCUCUUUAUGUUUCUUUUCGGUCCCGUCAAAGGAAAAGGUGCCGCCAAGGUCGAAUUGAAGGAGCUCAAAGAGGAAAAGGCAGAAGUAGACCCAGCGUUGAGGUCCCAAGCUCAUAAGUUCGCAUCAAUUGUACCAGCAUCCACGUUUAGCCAGGCUGAGAUCAUCUCAUAUCUUUUUCUUCACAAGGAUGAUCCAGAUGGUGCACUGGCAUACUGCAAGGAAUGGGUGGAGGAAAAGAUGAGUGAGAAGAGACUUCCGGAUACAAGUUAG